AUGGAGGAACUGCAGCUAUAUAGACAAAAUGAAGCUCUUGAGAAACAGCGCGAUGCGUUGCUUGCCAUUUUGUACAAUACAUAUACGCCGCCGCAUUGUACACCACCUAAAGCCACGAAGUACCCGUUUCUGAAGCACGCUGCCUCAGAGGAAGAGCAAGACUGCCUACGUUCGCGCCCACUUAAAAGGAGAUUUGAAGGCUCUCCACCGAGCCCAGAAAAUCAUGUGUCUAUGCUGUCACCAGCCAGAGUAGAGACCCGAGAUCCGUUGACCACAGAGGAUGAGCUGCCAGACUACGAAGACCCUGAGUCACCUUGGUUGGGUCAACACGUAGGAUCGAAGUAG